AUGAGUAAUAUUGACAGCGCCAUCAAGUUCCGGCUCACCGUCAUCCUGGCCCUGGCCUCCAGCUCGCUUGCUGGAUUCCUGCACAGUGGCUACAAUCUCGGCCACGGUGUUGGCCUAACCAGCUACGGUCUCAGCCACGGAAUUGGCUACUCCGGCCUGACCGGCUUCGGUGUCGGCCACGGCGUUAACUAUGGACCAGCCUCCGGCUACGCUGUAGCAGCCCCAGCUCUUUCUGGUGCCGUAUCCACCUACCACGCUGCUCCAGCUGUGACCACUUUUCAUGCUGCCCCAGCUGUCACGGCUGUCCAAGCUGCGCCAGCUGUCGCUACCUACGUCGCAGCUCCAGUCGCAACAGUUGCCGCUGCCCCAGCUGUGUCCCGCGUGACCACAUACCAGUCUGCCCCAGUUGUCGCCGCCGCCCCAGCUGUCGCAACCGUGGCCGCUGCUCCAGCCGUGUCGCGCUUCACCACCUACCAGUCCGCCCCACUCGUUGCCGCUGCUCCAGCUGUCUCCCGCGUGACCUACCAGGCCUCCCCAGCUGCGACUAGGGUUUACCAGAAUGGCCCAGUUGCUGGCGCCCCAGCUGUCUCCCGGGUCACCUACCAGGCCGCACCAGCUGUGGCAAAGUCAUACCAGAGCGCCCCAGUCGUCGCAGCUGCCCCCGCUGUGUCCCGCGUCACCUACCAGUCUGCUCCAACCGUGACCAAGGUCUUCCAGUCUUCCCCAGUCGUUGCUGCCCCCGCUUCCUCCCGUCUCGCCUACCAGGCUAUUCCAGCUGUGAACAAGGUCUACCAGAGCGCUCCAAUUGUCGCCGCCGCCCCAGCUGUUGCCACCGUCGCCACUGCACCAGCCGUGUCCCGCGUCACUACCUUCCAGUCUGCUCCAGCUGUCGCCACAUACGCCGCCCCAGCUGUCACCAAAGUGUUCCAGUCUACCCCAGUUGUGGCUGCAGCCCCUGCUGUGGCAACCGUCGCCCACGCUGCCCCAGUUGCAACCUACGCCGCUGCCCCAGCUUUCGCUACCGUUCAUUCCGCUCCAGCUGUUGCUACUACCACCGUUCACCACGCCCCAGCUGUCGCCACUGUCGCCCACGCUGUCCCAGCCUUCGCUGCCUACCACGCAGCCCCAGUCUACGGCUACGGUGUUGGAAACCUAGGCUACGGUGCUGGUCACUAUGGUCUCGGACACGGCAUCGGUGUGUACGGCCUGAACUACGGCUACGGCCUUGGCACUCCCUUCGACUACAACACCCUUAUCCGCAGGAAGAAGUAAAUAAUUCUACGCUUCAGAGGACAUGGCGCGCCGAAACGAAAAUGAAGAAUAUGCUAUGCUUGGGCUCAGCUGUGCAUAUUGAUAAAUGUAUUGUUCAAAUAAAUGUUUCAAGUGUACAAAAA